UAUGUCUUCUCAAGAGCUCGGCUGUCACUUUUUCCGACGAAUUUUUCGGCUUUCACGUAUCACAUCACCACCUUUAGUUCAUAACAAAGGUCUUGCAGUGCUGCCCAGAUGCUGUUGCUGUCAAACUUCUAGACAGAUGUCAAGUCAGAGCAAUAGAGACUAUGAAGUCAAUCCAGAAUUUGUUAACAGAAAUCCAAGGAAUCUUGAGUCCAUGGGACUGGCGCGUAAAACUACAGGAUGGACUUACCAGUAUCCACGUAAAGAUUAUUAUAACAAGCUAAUAUUUGAAAUAACCAAUCGUAACACAGCCGGAUACAUAGAGCAUUCAAAUGGGAAAAGGAUAAUCUCCGCCUCCACCUCCGAGUGGCCAAUCAGACAGCAUCUUUACAGCUGCACAGAUGUGAUAGCAGCACAGAGCAUUGGGAGGAUUCUUGCACAUCGCUGUCACCAGGCAGGACUCAGUCAGGUGUUCUGUGAUUACGACGAGAGAAGUUUGUCACAGAAGUUCAAAGUAUUUAUCCAGGCCAUGAAAGAUGGGGACAUAGAACUGUCGGAGCCCAAAGUGAUUAAAGCCGGAAUAGAACCAGGGAUUGACUACGACAACCCAAAGGGCAACAGAUAUGCUGAAAAGAAACGCUGGAAGGAUGACGUUCAAGUCAUUUCUUAGUGAUUUAAAUGUUCACAGAAUUUUGUAGACGAUAAUAAAUAGAUUUGUUUUGUAUUUGU